UCAAAAGUGAGUAUCUCUGGUAGAAGGAAGUAGACAGUUAGAUAGCAACAGCAUCAGACUACCCGUAUCCAGCAGAAAUCAGUUCUCUCUCGCGACUCUGCAUACAUCCGGUGGAACGACGAACAAGUUGGGGGAAGAUAUAAAUUAAACAUGUACUUAAAACUUGUUUACGUUACAUUAGUCCUCGCCUUGGUAACUGCAACAAUAGUUGCGAACGUAGAUGAUGGAUGUGCUGAACUCGCUUGUGAAACUUGUGUCGGUGACUGUCAAUGGUUGAACUGCACAUUUAGAGAAACUCCAACGGUCUCCAAUGUUUCCUGUGUCAACAUCACGUCCAUAAACGGUCAGAACAUGACCGUGGGCACCUGCUCUAAUGAAACCUGCUCAGUUGUAACUGACAUCCCUGCCCCACCCACAAUCUCCCACUCUCCUACCACUGCUGCUCCAGUUACCCCUACGGCCAAUGCAACUAACAGCAGCACCACUGAGCCCGAGCCUGAGCCCACCGCAGCUGACCUGCCCACUGUAGUACCAACUGCCCAGCCCGCCACUAACGGCACCUUCCCAGUCUCUGCCGCAACGCAAGCUUCAAACGUCAGUGUCACCACCGCGUCACCUGUGGGGCCCUCUCCAGCGCCUCAUAAGAAUUCCACAUUUGACGCAGCGAGCUUCAUUGGGGGCAUAGUGCUGGUCCUGGGCCUGCAGGCCGUGGUCUUCUUCCUCUACAAGUUCUGCAAGUCCAAGGACCGCAACUACCACACCCUCUGAAGAACCCACUCCACCUCCACAAUACCUACUCCUGGGCCCACUAUGAACACCCUAACCCCUGGCCAUUGUGAUUAUCAGUGUUUUCAAUCAGUGUUUCUCCCAAAAGCCUAAUGCCAUUGCGGUACCAACCUGUGGUUUAGGCCUGUAGCUUAAAUACACAAGGUUAUAAACUGUACACACCCACAAGUGCACCACAUCUUUUACUGUACGUAGUUCGCUACACAUUUCUCACACCCUGGUGCAGCUGAAGUGAACUCCAGCGCAGUGGCAUUUGAGCCUUCAACAGAGGAUUACAUCACUAUAGAGUCCCCGUCUCUCAUCCCCUCUUCUCGCUCCCCACCCCUCUCUCUCGUUCCCCCUCUCCUCUUCCCCCCCCCCCUCCUGCAGUGAGUCAUUGUGGCUAUUCUCCUGUGUGCUGACUGGAUGAAAAGCGGACUUGUUUACUGCUUCACUCCCCUGGCCCUUUAUCUUAAUGUUUUACCUGCCUGGCCUGCCAUUAAUAGACCCAAUAGUAAUUUAUGUAAACUUUCAAUUCCGCUGGUGUAUAGUGGGGCUGCCACAGCUUUGGAGUACUAGCUUGUUCAUGCACCUUGGUUACGCUUUGGAAACACUGUUUGAUUGAGGUCCCCUCCCCCUUUAUUUUUUGGAACUAGAUGACUCUGGAUGAUAUAGCAUAGCUUUUUUUUCUUGUUUGUCAUGGGACAGAUCUGGGUAGGUGUUUUCACAACUCCUUUAUAAAGAGGUUGUAUUCAUCUGAUGGCAGAGAUACCUGUUAAAGUAAGGAGAACUAAAAGCAAUGGUCCGUCUUCUAAGCAGGGCUCUACAGUGCGACCACUUUACUCACAUAUGCGUGUAAAUAUUUUGCUGUGUGAACUGGAUUUUAAAAAUUUAUUUAGGAGCACCGAUGCGCGUAGGAAAAAUUAUGAUUCUAGCUUUAUUACCUCAAAUAUUUAGCGUUGUGCUACUAAAUUCCUUUGUGUGUUUACAUUUUUCAACUUCGGUGCACAAAAAAAGUCAGCAUAGAGCCCUGCUUAAGUUAGAAUAUUAUUUAUGUAGAUGCCCCCAUCUUAAGUGGAGGAUGAGUUGGGCUCUCUUGGUGUUAAGACACAGUGCUGUGUGUGCGUUUGGGAAACAGAACACACUACACACUGCCAAAAGAGCAGCUCGAUGCAAUAAACCCAAGUCAACCCCCCCCCCCAAAAUCUUUACUGACUUCAGCCAAACAGAUUGCAGUGAUGAGUCGGACCACUAGACUGGAGGUGACCCCUUGACCCACCACCUUCCUUUUAACAGGAAGGAAAUCACAAUGAGCCAAGUCUUUAGGAUACGGUUGAAGGGGUCUACAGAUAAAAUAUUGUAGUAAAUAUAUGGGAAUGAUAAAUAAGUCAGAAGUAUAAAUGAUUGUGUUGAAUGGAGAUGGAAGAAGAUAAGACGGCAUGCACCUUGAUGCUGACAGUAUUGGAAGCAAAGUGCCUUUUAAUGUUAAAUGUCUGUUACCUAAAGCGGUGGGAAUGAGGGAGGAUUAUGAUGAUGCUCCUCUUCCUCCUGGCUGAGGCGUGAGUGUCGUGAAGUAAAAGCAGCCUGGACACAGGACAGGAGCAGUAUCGCGAGAACAGAACCAGGGUUGGCCUCCGUUCCAUUUUAAUUCAGCCAAUCCAGGUAGUAAACUGAAAGUCCACAUUUUCCUCAUAGAAAAUGUUUGGGAAUGAUUUACAUUUCAGUUGACUUUAUGAAUUGACUAAAUUGAAAUGGAAUUGAGCCCAACCCUGAGAACCCUAGUAUCCCAGCUGUACUGAAGAGCCUUUUAUUAUUGAAGAGUAGAUAGAUACAGUAGUUGCUCCUCAUGGUUUUGGAUGGAUGAAGACCUAUUAGCUAUAAAUUGAUUUAGAAUGCCAUUGGUUGAAAAGUAUCCCCUAUGCAGACUGAAUAUAUUUUGUUUCAUUAAAUGUAGGGCCUAAGUUCCACACAGCUCCCUAAUUGCUAGUUCCCCCUCAUAUUGUACAGACACAUUCUAAUAACCUGUGUUUUUGAAAAUAAUAAAGGUGGAAAGGCAUUUAUAGGUAACUGCCAAAAUAAAUGAAACACUUGAGUGAAUGGUGUGUGUCUCUCACAGGAGGUUGGUGACACCUUAAUUGAGGAGGAUGGGCUCGUAGUGGCUGGAGCGGAAUCGGUAUAUAGUAUCACAUACAACUCAAACAUGGUUUGAUGCCAUUCGCGCCGUUCCAGCCAUUAUGUUUGUAUGUUUGUUUUACUCCAUGUGUAACUCUGUGUUGUAUGUGUCGAACUGCUUUGCUUUAU